AUGGGGAGCAAAAGACGAUUUCGAGCAAAGGACCAUUGGUUUGCUUUUCAUUUUUUCUUAUUGGUGAUUUUCGGAAAGCGGGCUGCGGCUGAAUUGAGGUACUCUAUACCAGAGGAGGUGAAAGAGGGAACCGUUGUUGGAAAUGUUGCAAAAGAUCUUGGCCUGGACAAAACAUCUUUGGCUGAUCGGCGUUUCCGUGUUGUGUCUGGAUCUAGAGACGCUUUUUUCGAGGUAAAUCCAGACAACGGUGCUUUACACGUCCAUAAGAAAAUCGACAGAGAGGAGCUUUGUCAGGGCAGUGGUGUUUGCUUAAUGGAGCUGAAAGUCCUUGUUGAAAAUCCGUUGGAAGUACACUAUGUAGUUGUAGAAAUUACUGAUGUAAAUGAUCACUCCCCCAGUUUUUCUGAAAAGCUACAGACAUUUGAAAUAGCAGAGCAUUCAUCUCCGGGAACGCGAUUCGAGUUAUAUGCGGCUCGUGAUCCUGACGCUGGAAUUAACUCUAUCCGUACAUACACACUAACACCAAAUGAUCAUUUUGAAAUAGAAGUUAGUCAAAACGACGAAGAUAAAAUGCCAUUUUUAGUGCUGAAGAAGUCCUUAGACAGAGAGCAAAAGAAUAAACACUUGUUAUUUGUUACAGCAGUUGAUGGAGGUAAACCGCAAAGAUCAGGCACACUCAAUGUUUCCAUUACUGUACUUGAUAGUAAUGAUAAUCGUCCAAUGUUUAGUCAGGACACUUAUCAAAUAGAAAUAUAUGAAAAUGUUCCAGUUGGCGCUGCUAUUACAAAAGUGAAUGCAUCAGAUCCAGACGAAGGCAGUAAUGGGGAAAUAGAGUACAGCCUCAGCAAAACAUUAGCACGUAAGGUCUACGAGUUAUUUGAAUUGGACAGUUUAACUGGACAAAUUAAAGUGAAAGGGUCACUGGACUUUGAGGAGUCGGAGAUUUAUAAACUAGAUGUUCAGGCAUCUGAUAAAGGGCAACCUCCAUUAACAGGAAGGUGUAGAGUCAUUAUAAAGAUAAAAGACGUAAAUGAUAACUCGCCGGAAAUAGACGUGACAUCAUUAUCAAAUACAGUGUCUGAAGACUCAAAGCCUGGCACUGUUAUUUUACUUGUUAGUGUGACGGAUAAAGACUCUGGUAUUAACGGAAAAAUAAUUUCAAGCAUAACCGAGGAAGUUCCUUUUGAACUAAAGCCCUCCUAUAAGGAAAACACAUAUUCAGUUGUCACUAAGGGAUUUUUAGAUCGAGAGGAGGUGUCACAGUAUGAAAUAACAAUAAAAGCCACAGAUUGUGGUGAACCUCCCUUAUCCUCUUUUAAAACUCUUAAUAUUCAGAUUUCGGAUGUAAACGACAACAGUCCACAUUUCUCCCAAAAUCCAUUACAGUUUUACCUGUCAGAAAAUAACGUUGGUGGAAAGUCGAUAUUCUCUGUUAGUGCAACGGACAAGGACUUGAAUGACAAUGCAGCUAUUUCAUAUCACAUUGUGAGAGAAGGGAGUCAGAAUGACAUUUUGUCUUUCCUGAAUGUCAAUCCUGAUAAUGGACACAUCACCGCACUAAAAAGUUUUGACUUUGAAACACUGAAAACUUUUCAGUUCCACGUUGUUGCGUCAGAUUCUGGAACUCCGUCACUGAGCAGCAACGUCACAGUCAACGUGUUCGUUCUGGAUCAGAACGACAACGCUCCAGUCAUCCUCUAUCCACUCAGCUCUAACGGUUCUGCUGAAGGUGUGGAGGAGAUUCCCCGCAAUGUCAACGCAGGACACUUGGUGACUAAAGUCAGAGCCUAUGACGCUGAUAUAGGAUAUAACGGCUGGUUACUCUUUUCACUGCAGGAAGUUACUGACCACAGUCUCUUUGCUUUGGACCGCUACACAGGACAGAUCAGAACACUUCGCUCAUUCACAGAGACAGACGAGGCUGAGCACAAACUGCUCGUACUGGUCAAAGACAAUGGCAACGUCUCACUCUCGGCAACAGCUACUGUCAUUGUCAAAGUUGUGGAGCCCAAAGAGGCUUUUGCAGCUUCCGAUGUUAAAACUUCAGCAAAAGCAGAUGAAGAUGAUAACGUGACUUUUUACCUGAUGAUAACUUUGGGCUCAGUGUCUGUGCUUUUUCUCAUCAGUAUCAUUGUGCUGAUUGCAAUGCAGUGCUCAAAGUCCACUGACUAUACUUCUAAAUAUCUACAAGAGACUAAUUAUGAUGGGACACUGUGUCACAGCAUCCAGUACAGAUCUGGAGACAAACACUACAUGUUAGUUGGACCCAGAAUGAGUAUAGGAUCUACUAUAGUCCCUGGCAGCCACGCGAAUACACUAGUGCUUCCUGACAGGAGGAGAACAUCUGAGGAGGUAAGAUUGUUUAUUCUCACGGCUUAA